AUGGGUAUGGAAGUCAAAGUCUCCUCGUUUGCGUCGGAGCACAAUGAAGACCCUAAAGUCCUUCCGGAACUUGAGACCCGCCCUUCAAAAGCAGCGAAGUUGGAGAAGCGCUUUGUUCGCAAACUGGAUAUGAUCAUCUUGCCGCUGCUUGCACUCGCGUACUUGUUGGCAUACAUGGACAGAAACAAUGUUGGCUAUGCCCGGCUAAUGGGGCUCCAAGAAGACCUCAAUCUAUCAUCAGGAGAAUUCUAUAAUGUUGUCAUGAUGUUCUAUGCCGGCUAUCUGGUCACCAUAUUCCCGGCCAACUUGCUGGUUCGAACCAUCGGACCAAGAAUCCAACUGAGCUUUGCCGUCCUCGCCUUUGGGCUUUUCGUUUGCUGCAUGUGCUCUGCUCGAGGCUACGGAGAUAUACUGGGCCUGCGCUUCGGCGUCGGUGCUGCCGAAGCCUUGUUGCAAGCCACACCACUGUACUUGGUGCUGUGGUACGGGAGAAACGAGCUUGGUAAAAGGAUCGCAUUGUUCUAUUCUGCCACGGUCAUUGCUGGAGUGUUCGCCGGUCUUAUCGCUUAUGCAGUCCAGAAAGACCUCGAAGGCGCUGCUAGGAGACCAUCAUGGCAGUGGCUUUUCAUCAUUGAGGGGUCUAUUGCGAUCGGAAUUGGUUUACUUAUGGCUGUCUUCCUCCCGGGAUUUCCUGAUCGGAUCAAGAAAUCUUGGAUGUUUAACAGUCAAGAGAUUGAGCUCGCCAUCUCUCGGGGCGAAGGUCUCAACGCGAAAGGGGCAAGUCGUUUCCAGCCCAACCAGGUCCGUAAGAGCCUUCUCGAUCCGAAGACAUGGUACUUGGCUGUACUCGCCGGGGUCAAUUCGACACUCUUAGCUUCCACCGGCGCCUUCUUCCCUACCAUCAUCAAAGAAUUCGGCUACAGCUCAGUACAGACACAGCUCUUCACAGUCAUACCCUACGCAUGCGCCUUUGUGUCCAUGGUCACGAUUGGCUAUCUCUCUGACCACUUCCGCAAAAAGUCCACCUUCAUCCUCGGAUGUCUGUCGCUCUGCGCGACUGGCCUAAUUAUACUUAUGGCGACAACAGGCAAAGAAGUCGGCGUAUUUGCUGCAUGUCUUUUGGUGAUGGGCGCCUAUCCAUCAGCCGUUCUUCAGAUGGCGUGGAUCCAAAUCAACUUCUGUGGCAACACUAAGAGGGCCAUGUCAUGGGCGGUGGCGAUGAUAUUUGGACAGGGACUGAGCAUGGCCGGAGCUCAGAUUUACACUACACCACCCCGUUUCUUCAAAGGUCAUGGCAUAUUGCUGGGUUUCGUGGUCAUAGCAAUGUGUUCCACCGUUGCUGCAAGAUUGACCAUGGCAAAGGCAAACAAGCGUCGCGAUGAGGAGCUGAGAGAAUAUGAACAGCGGGGUGAAGCUCAUCCGGACCAGGCAAAAUCAUAUGAGGAGACUUGCGACUAUCAUGUCGCCUUCAAAUACACCAUCUAG